AUGGAGAUCGUGAGGUUAAACCAUUCAUUUGCUAGGAGGCUUAAUCAAGAUGGCUUCACCCCAAUGCACCUUACUUUACAAAAUAAGCAAACCCAAUUGGCCCUCCUGCUACUUGAUGUUGAUGAAGACCUUGUUCGUGUCCAAAGAAGGGAGGGGGUGACUCCUUUGCAUUAUGUAGUUGAAAUAGGAAACGUUCAUCUUUUGGCCGAAUUUUUAAAAGCAUGCCCCAAAUCUAUUGAGUAUGUAACAGUUCAAAGAGAGACAGUCCUUCAUAUUGCCCUCAAAUACAACAUGUUUGAUGCUUUUUGGCUCCUGUUGGGAUGGCUUCAGCGCGGGCCUAGUUUAGAAAUGCCUCACUGUGGGAGAAGAAGUUGCUCAAUUGGCAAGAUGAGGAAGGCAACACUCUAUUGCACAUUGCGGUAUUCAAAAAUCAACCCUAGGUCCUUCUUCCAUUGUAAAGUUGAUAUAAGUGCCAAGAAUUCAGGGGGUUUUACAGCGUUUGACAUGUUACAUAACUCCAAUAGUAUUGCCCCGACCAUUGAUAAUAGUGAAUACAGUACACCCUGA